AUGGCGUUUGGGAUCAGGGAGCUGUCGAAGAAGCUGGCGCAGAUCCGCCUAAAGCUGCACGUCAAGAAUAUCUUCAUUCUUGGGAAGGCGCAUGACGAGGGUCUGAUCACGAACACAAGAGAGACCGUUGAUUGGCUCCUGACGAAAGACCCUGGUUACAAGGUAUACGUCGAGCACACGCUGGAGGACAACAAGAUCUUCGACACCAAGGGCCUGCUUCAAAAAAACCCGUCUUACGAGGGGCGACUGAAGUUCUGGACGAACGAGCUUUGCGAGCAGAAGCCGCAAACCUUCGAUAUUGUCCUGGCACUUGGUGGUGAUGGCACUGUACUGUACUCAUCGUGGCUCUUCCAGCGUGUAGUACCACCUGUUCUCGCAUUCUCCCUCGGAUCGCUCGGCUUCCUGACCAAGUUUGACUACGAUCUCUACCCACAAACCCUGUCUCGCGCUUUCGAAGAAGGUAUCACCGUUAACCUACGCUUGCGCUUCGAGGCGACCGUUAUGCGAUCGCAAACCCGCGACAAUGAGGACCAGUCUGACUUGGUAGAGCAGCUAAUUGGAGAAGAGGCGGAGGACCAUCAUACACAUCGACCGGACGGCACCUACAACAUCUUGAACGAGGUGGUAGUAGAUCGCGGCCCAAACCCAACCAUGUCCUCGAUUGAGUUAUUCGGCGAUGACGAGCACUUCACGACUGUUCAGGCAGACGGCAUCUGCGUCUCAACACCCACGGGUUCGACAGCAUAUAAUUUGGCAGCGGGAGGCUCGCUCUGCCACCCCGACAACCCCGUUAUCCUUGUUACAGCCAUUUGCGCACACACCUUAUCCUUCAGGCCGAUCAUCCUGCCAGACACGAUAGUGUUGCGAUGUGGAGUUCCGUACGAUGCAAGAACAAGCUCGUGGGCAAGUUUCGAUGGAAGAGAACGGGUCGAGCUCAAGCCUGGCGACUACGUCACGAUUAGUGCGAGCAGGUUCCCGUUCCCAUGCGUGCUGCCUAUGAAUAAGAGGAAGACGGAUUGGAUUAACAGUAUUUCGCGGACUUUGCAGUGGAACAGCCGGGAUAAGCCGAAAGCACAAGGAAGGAAGUAG